AUGUCGAAAGGAGAUGAAAAGAAAAUGAUCACAUCUCCGCUCACGUUCUUGCCUUUCGAUUCGGAAAGCGAAAGAAUGGGGUUCAUGUGGCCGCCACCGAUUGCUUAUUUGAAAGGAAGCAUCCCUACUGCUUGUCCCAACUGCCUACGCUUGAAAAAGUUAGCAGCAACAAUGAAGCGUGCUAAAGUUCCGCAGGCGAGAAGCAUGAAUGCGGCCAGAGAACAUCGCCAGACGCAUGAGCGAACUGCUCGUUUCACUACCUCCCAAUUUUUAGAGCGAAAUGUUUCUAUUGGUCGGCUGAUGCAAGAUUUUCAUGAAAAGAUGGAUGUUGCUGACCUAACGCAGCAGAUGUCGCGUAUAAUGGGAGGUUUCCGCAAAGGAGAUGGUCGCCAGCCGAAUGAGAAGAGCUUCAACCAAUGA